ACGCAACGUUCCCGCUCCGUAGGUGCGAUAUAUGGUUUUACGACACAUAGCACUCCUCUGGAGUGCAAGAGUUUAGAUGUCGUAUUUUCUAUAGACAUAGCACUCCUCUGGAGUGCGGAGGCUCCGAUUAUCAAAUAUUUGGUAGGUGUAAUGCCCUGUGUCGGUUUCCCUGAGUCCUUAAAUCGAGUUCACGUUGUAUAUUAUAAAAACACACUGGUCCCGUCAAAAUGUUUCAAAAUGCUGUAGAGUUUUAGUGUGAUGGUUCUGCAACACCACCACCGAUGGCAGGGAGGAAAUGAAUUUCUGCGUCUGUGUCAACGCGUUCGAGGAUGGAUCCUCGGGUGAGGAGACCAUUGAUGUAUACG